AUGGAAAUAAACAGUGCCUUUAAUGGGCUCAUCAGUAGCCUGGACACGACUGAGAAAAGGAUCUCCAAGACUGGUAAAGCUAAGCCAAAACGUGUGACGUUCACUCCAGAAGAAACCACUUCAACUGAAAGAAAGAAAACUAGUUUUCCUGAUGUUUCAAGAGAUCGAUCACACACCCCUAUCAGUAUCCAAAAUCUCUCUCUUGAUCAUCAUGUACAAGAAAGAGUGACGACUAUUUCAAUACCAAGAAAACAUUUUAACAGGGUCUAUUGGCACAUUCCAGACACUGCUACUGGUUGCAUAUUUUUUCCAAGCUGUCAUUCAGCCUCAAGUCGAGUUUUUGGGAAAGAAACAAGCCAAACGGAAACUUCAAGAAAAUCAAAACGAGAAGUGUCAAAAAGAAAAAAUAUUUAUGUUGAUAACAUGUUCAAAGACAUUCUGAUUCUCUCCUCAGAGUUCUCCAGACCUGCAAGUGCACCUUCCCCAGUUAUUACUCCCAAACCCAAGGAAGUUCUCUCUGAAUAUCCACCUUUAUCAAAGAAGAAAACCUUUAUUUUUAAGCAGGCUCUCAUAGAUUUAAGUGAAACAGGGCCAAGCCCUCCACCAAGAAGUGUGCCUGUUAAAGCAGAAAGACAGUGGUCUGAACGUUUAAAACAAAAUACUGCGGUGGUACUAACUAUUAGUAAUUUUCCAGGUCCCAUCGCCCUACCAACACCAAUUUUGCCAAGAAAACCUCGAAGACAGUCUUUGUUAGAAACUCAAGUAACAGAAUCCGACAAUGUGGAAAGCACGUCGAGGCAAAGCAUGUCAAACCUGACGGAAGGCAUCAUUAACAUUAAACCUAUAAAAAGAGAGGAAUCACAUGUGAUACGGGGUGAAGGUUUUAAGACUAUUAAUGCAACACGAUAUGAAACAAUAAUAGCCAUGACCAACCUAGCCAUAAUUAACUGUCAAAUACAUGGAAGAAAUGCACUUAAUCUUAAGGGUUUUUUUAUUAUGACUUGUCCAGACUUAACACCGUUGGCUUCCCAACUGAUAUAUCUUAACUUAUCCUUUAAUGAGAUCAGUUAUUUCCCCACAGAAAUAUUUUGUCUUAAAAAUUUACAACUACUAUUCCUGAGAAAUAAUCCUAUCAAAGAAAUCCCUUCUGAAAUCCAACAGCUUAAGUUCCUUAGAGUUUUCAGCAUCGCCUUUAAUUUGAUCACUACCCUUCCACCUGGGUUAUUUUCUUUGGCCCAUCUUGAGGAACUUGAUAUCUCCUACAAUAGUGUUGCUUCUAUCCCAAACAAAAUCCAGAAACUCAGAUUACUUGAAAAUCUGAAUGUUAACGGGACUGAUCUGACUACUUUUCCACCUGCGAUUUUGAAGCUUAACCUGAAAAAACUCCAGUUUGAGAACACUUUCACGCAUCCUACUUUUUGGAAAGAGAAUUCUUUAAAUAGCCCCCCGUGUCUGACUCAUCUUACUUCCUUGUUCUUCUUAAAAAGUAAUCUAGACAAAUAUUACGAUGAGAUCCCAGUGGAAAUUCAAGAGCUGCUAAAAUGCCCGUCUACAUGUGAAUGGUGUCACGGUCCCAAGUUUGGUGAAGGUUUUCGAGUCAUCCGAUCCUGUGACAUUUUUGGAGCAACACAGCUUCCUGUUUUGUACCAUGUCUGUUCUUCCUACUGCUACAGAAAAGUAAAGGAAAGCAGUUUUAUUUUAAAGAAUGAUCCCAGUAAAAGAAGAGCUCUAAAUUCUGAGUUGAUAAGUCAUACAAUGAUUUAG